UGAGUGUCACUGGCCAAUAAGAGGAGAGUAGGAGGCGCAUCCUCUUAUCCAUGGGCGGUUCUAGCCUUUAACUGUCUAUGGUUCUGACCAGAGCAGGCAACGAGUACUAGCCAAUCAGAGGGAGAUGCCUUUACCGUCCUCUAUGGCCGUCCUAGAAAAAAAUUCGUAACCAGGAAGUAGCACUAAAGCAGCGAAAGCAGCCAUUGAAAAUGUUUACAUUUAGUUUGACGCUAAUACGACAUGGGGAAACACAGUACAACAGAGACAAGCUCCUGCAAGGUCAAGGUGUUGACACACCCCUGUCAGAAACAGGUGUUCAGCAGGCUGAGGCCGUAGGAAAAUACCUCAGAGACAUCGCAUUCAACAAUGUGUUUGCCAGUAACCUACAACGAGCCAUACAGACAGCUGAAAUCAUUCUGAAGAACAACACUCACUGCUCGGGCACAGAGAUGGUUUUGGAGCCUUUACUCAGAGAGAGGGGUUUCGGUGUUGCUGAAGGUCGUCCCAAAGAGGAACUGAAGAACAUGGCCAACGCUGCUGGCCAGUCAUGUGGUGACUACACCCCUCCUGGAGGAGAGACUUUAGACCAGGUUAAGCUGCGAUUCAAAAAAUUCCUUAAAGUCCUCUUCAAGCAAAUGUUGGAUGAACACAGCCGAUCAAGACCAGACGGCUCUGCGGCCAGCGCCUCACACGUUGCUCCCGUGGGCUUGGCUGAUGAUGGUCUCCAGGGAGUGCCGGUCCACGCUCUGGUCGUGAGCCACGGCGCUUACAUCCGUGUGGGCGUGAAACACCUUCUAGAGGACUUAAAGAGUUCUCUGCCUGCAGGGGUGAAGAUGUCCCAGCUGUUGUCACCCUGUCCAAACACAGGCAUCAGUCGCUUCAUUUUCACCCUGAGCCAGUCCGAGUCCGGCCCGGUCCUCUCUGCCUCCCGCUGCCUCUUCACCAACAGGAAGCACCACCUAGAAAAUCUCACGGCUGCUAAAUAGUGUGAAGAGAAAGAAAUGGGAUACAUGUUUUACGUAUGGCGUCUGCGUUGUUUCUGUGCGCUGUCAGGAACAAUCAUGAGAACUUAAGGGAAAAUAAAGGCAAAGACCUCAAAGUUACCACACGUAACUGAAUACGGCAAGGAGCAUGGUAAAUUAUGUCUUCUAUAUAAUCAUAACGUUUUGCUGUGGAUCAUUAUGAGUGCCGUAGUGUAUUUUCAAACUGUUUCAUCAUCCUCCCGACCUAGAACAGUGAGAACUUGUCAAUCUAAAUUUCUAAUAUUGUUAACUGUAUUGCCUCUUUUAUCAUAAUAUACCAAAGUCAGUACUAUUUAUUGUAUUAUUGAACACUGUCUGUAUGUGUGACAUUUUCUAAGUAAUGUCUUCUGUGAUGCUGCUCAUUUUACUUGUGCAAUACAACAAACA